UAGUCAAUGAUUAUUGUACGUUUAAUGCUGACUAAAAAUAUCUUCUGAAGUUAAGCGACGAAAAUCAGCAUAACUAUUUUUUCCGGAAUAUUAUUACAAAGCUGAAAAUCAAGAUUGAUGCUCUCCUUGAGGCCCCAUUGCUGUGAAAUUUUGUUUUGACUUUCAUUGGUCAUUUUUUCAGCUGGCUUCUUCACCACUAGUGGCCAAGACUUGAGGGCUUCCCAAAAUGGAAUAUGCCGUGUUUAAAGUUAGCAUUUUUUGAUAAUUGCUUCACUUGUGUUGUUGGACUUCUGCUUAAAGAUAUCUCCUCUGAGUAUCAGCUUGGAGCUGGAGAACUUUCUGUUAACGAUUUCAACCCGGUUGUAUGCUGGAAUUGGUACUAUUGUCUUCUGGAUAUCUAAAUUGAUUUCACAAUGAGGCCUUCUCAAAACGCGAAGGAUAUCAAUGAGUUUAACAGGUUCUAUAACCAACCCGUAGAGGAUCAAGAAUCUUUUUCCCUGCCUUCCAUUAACAACCCGAAUAGCAACCAAUUACUUUAUGCUGAUUGUGGUCAGCAGACACAAUUCUCUGCCUUAAAACACAACCAAUACUGCUAUGUUGAAUCAUCCACUGGAAAUUCUAAUGAACUUGUCUCCGAUUCUCCUCCUGUUGAUACUUUCUUUGCUGGUGACAAUUCCAUGAUGCACCAAGGUUCUGAUUCAUGUCCUUCGGACAUGCAUCAUUCUCCUAAUGACACAUACCACUCUUCAGGUAACAGUUCGUGCUUCACUAGUGAUGGUACUGGCCUGAAGCACAAGCUAAAGGAACUCGAAACUGCAAUGCUGGGGCCUGAUUCAGAAAGCUUGGAGUCAUAUAAUACUACUCCAUUGGCUGCAGCCAAUCAGAUUUCGUCGGAGUCAGAUAAAUGGGUUGAUAUGAUGGAGAUGAUGCCUAAUGGAGAUUUGAAACAAGUGCUUAUUGCCUGUGCUAAAGCAAUAGCAGAUAAUAAUUUAGUAACAGCUGAAUGGUUAAUGUCAGAACUACGCACAGUGGUAUCAGUUUGCGGUUCUCCAAUGCAACGCUUAGGAGCGUAUAUGCUGGAAGGAUUAGUUGCCAGAUUGGCCUCCUCAGGAAGCUCCAUCUACAAGGCCCUACGGUGCAAAGAGCCGACUAGCGUUGAGCUAAUGUCAUACAUGCAUUUGCUUUAUGAAAUCUGCCCAUACUUCAAGUUUGGAUAUUUGUCGGCAAAUGGUGCAAUUGUUGAUGCCGUGAAAGAAGAGAACACAAUUCAUAUAAUUGAUUUUCAGAUUGCUCAGGGUAGCCAGUGGAUCACCCUAAUCCAUGCUCUUGCAGCCCGGCCCGGUGGACCCCCACGAAUCCGCAUUACAGGAAUUGAUGAUUCCACGUCGGCUUAUGCCAGAGGAGGAGGGAUUGAAAUUGUUGGUCGGAGGUUAUCAAGCAUUGCUGCAUCUUGCAAUGUACCUUUUGAAUUUCAUUCCGUGGCUGCUUCUUGCUCCGAUGUUGAGAUUGAGCACCUAAAGGUUCGGCCUGGCGAACCAUUGGCCGUGAAUUUUGCACUUGUCUUGCACCAUAUGCCUGAUGAGAGUGUUGGCACUAAAAAUCACAGAGACAGACUUCUGAGGAUGGUUAAGAGCUUGUCUCCCAAGAUUGUGACCUUAGUGGAGCAAGAGUCCAACACUAAUACAGUACAGUUCUUUCCCAGGUUUUUGGAGACACUGAACUACUACCUAUCUAUAUUUGAAUCAAUAGAUGUUGCUCUACCUAGGGACCAUAAGCAACGAAUCAACGUUGAGCAGCAUUGCCUGGCCCGGGAAAUUGUGAACAUAAUAGCAUGUGAAGGGGCAGAAAGAGUGGAGCGUCAUGAGCUUCUUGAAAGGUGGAGGUCACGAUUUCUUAUGGCUGGGUUCAAUCCAUAUCCAUUAAGCUCCUCAGUAAAUGCUACAAUCAAGACCCUGCUGGAGAAUUACUACCAAAGUUAUACGCUUGAUGAGAGAAAUGGCGCUCUUUAUCUUGGCUGGAUGAAUCGAGAUUUAGUUGCCUCUUGUGCCUGGAAAUAGUAUCCUACCCUAAGUAGGUGCAUGUAACUUCUAGCUUGAUAAUGGUAAAAGGUAGACCUUUCUGUUUGUAUUCAGUUAAGAGCACCGUACUAUAAUCUUCUUCUUAGAAUCUGUUCCAUAUUUUUCUUCUCUCACAUUGCAUCGUAUUGUGAUAUUGAGGUGUGCAGUACCUGCAGCAUGUGGUUGUGAGCUGACAAUUAAUUGAAAGAUUUAAGUUAUAUGCA